AUGGUAUCAGAAAUCUUGGGAGAGAGGAUGAGUACACAUGGAGAAGAGCAUCAACGGCUCGGGCGAUCCUCUCCAAUUAGAGAGGAAAAGGAUAUUGUGGGCUUCGAGAAGGUCAAAAAAUCCCUGGUGGCAGAACUUUUGAAAGAAGACAAAAACCGCCGUGUGGUUUCAAUCAUUGGUGUGCGAGGUGUUGGCAAGAGAACUCUACCGAGAAAAGUUUACAACCAUGCUGAUGUGUGGACAAGUUUUGAGUGUCGAGCUUGCCUCUGUGUCUCUUCAAGCUACAAUCACAAAAAGAUGUUGAGAUCAAUCAUAAAGCAAUUGAAUCCAAUGAGUAACGCGCUGCUAGAAAUUUUGGAAAAGAUGGAAGAGCAAGACUUGAAACAAAGGCUCUAUCAAGAUCUACAAGAAAAAUGUUAUCUUGUGGUACUUGAUGAUGUAUGGAAGAAGGAAGCGUGGGAUUGUCUUGCUUGGGCCCUUCCUGAUGUUAGUAGAUCAAGUAGAUUGUUACUUACAAGCCGCAAUACGAAUAUUCCUCUCCAUGCGGAUGGUCUUAGCAUCCCAUAUGAGCUGAAAGCUUUGGGCAAGGAAGAUAGCUGGAAAUUGUUUCUCAAAAAGGCCUUCAGUAAUGGGGCUAAUGAUGGGUGUCCUUUGGAUUCGAAAAAUGUAGGCAGAGAGAUUGCAAGGUGGUGA